GUUCGUCGUUGUACGUGAGCCAUGGCGGCCGUAUUCUGUGUGAAAUAAAGUUAUCCAUAUAGUCCAUCUAAGUGAUUGGUGUCAGCAAUCCCAUUAUCCGUAUCAAUAAGAGAAAACGCCGAUCUCCAGACGAUUCGAGAUACAAUCACGUGCAUUGGUUCACGUGGUAACAGUUAUGUAUGAUUGGAAAACAUACAUUAACGAUGGUACUUGCAGAAUUAAUUGGGGCUUUGAUCGUUGCUCUGAGCAUUUUAUACAUUUAUUAUAAGUUUGUGAUAUUUAAUUUUUGGCGCAAGAGAGAGGUUUUUUAUGUCGAACCCGUUGUACCAACUGGAAAUAUAACGGCUCUUGUAACUGGAACAAAGCAAAUAGGUGUAUUCUUCCGUGAUGUCUACUUGAAAUAUAAAGAUCAUCGCGUUAUAGGAACCUAUACACUUUUUAAACCAAACUUGGUGAUUGCUGAUCUUGAUCUUAUUAGAACGGUAUUAACCAAAGAAUUUACAAGUUUCCACGACCGCGGAAUGUUCUGCAAUGAAAAAAUCGACCCGUUGUCCGGCCAUUUAUUUUUAAUGCCUGGAAAGAAAUGGCGAAAUCUACGCGUCAAGAUGACACCCACUUUCACUUCCGGAAAAAUAAAGCAAAUGUUCCCGAUCCUGAACGAAUGUAGCGAAGAACUUGCAAAGUUCCUGAAUAGCAAAGCACAGAUGAGAGAAUCCAUCGACAUAAAAGAUAUAUUUGCAAGAUAUACGACGGAUGUAAUUAUGUCAACGGCGUUUGGUAUUAAAUCUAAUUGUAUUGAGGAGCCGAAUAACGAGUACCGUAAUAACGGGAAAAAAAUUUUUAAACUAAAUUCGGUUGUGAUCGCCUUGGCUGUCUUCGUACCGCAAAUUCUGGAAAUCUUUUCCAUUCCCAUCACGGACCGACGAGUAACCAGAUUUUAUAUGAAUAUGUUCCGAGAAAAUGUGGAAUACAGACAAACUCACAACAUCGUGAGAUACGACUUUAUGAAUCUGCUCAUUCAACUGAUGGAAAGAGGCUAUAUUGAACCUGAUAUGAACGAUGACAAGCAGGAAACUAAUAAAUCAUCAACUGUAAGUAAGCUCACUAUGACGGAGGCUACUGCGCAAAGUUUUGCCUUCUUCGCAGCUGGUUUCGAAACUUCUUCGACGACAGCAACGUUCGCUCUAUAUGAAUUAGCUCAACAUCAUGAUAUACAAGACAAAGUUCGCAAAGAAAUCGAUGAAAUGUUAGUAAAACAUGGUGAUCUGACUUAUGACGCUGUGAAUGAAAUGAAUUAUCUUCACAAAGUAGUAAAUGAGACUAUGAGGAAAUAUCCACCUCUUCCAUUGUUAAAUCGCGUUUGUACUAAAGAAACGGACUUACCAACAAUGAACCUACGUCUACCGAAGGGGACUUUAAUCACUGUACCAGUGCUUGGGUUGCAUCGAGAUCCGUCAAUAUAUCCAGACCCUGAAAAAUUUGAUCCGGAACGAUUUAACGCGGACGUGAUAGGAAAAAGGCAUCCUUAUGCUUAUUUACCAUUUGGGGAAGGUCCACGAAUUUGCAUAGGUGCGCGAUUUGGCUACAUACAAACUAAAGUUGGACUCGUGAGCCUUUUGUCGAGAUACAAAUUCCACCUUCAUCCUCAAACUCGAGUACCACUUAUUUUUAACGAAAGUAGUGGUAUUCUUUCGGCAAAAGGAGAUGUACACUUGAUUAUAGAACCGCGAUAAAAUAGUUUUGCUGUUAUGUGAUCUAAAAACAUUAGUAUGCAUGCUUAACUUAUUUUAAAUAAAAUUAAAUUUCAUAAGAUUUUACGACCUACACUGGCCAAUGUUUUUAUUCAAAAA